CCUCCCGCCGCCGGGACUGGGUCUUCCCGGGCUCGGCAGCUGGUCUCCGUUUCUUCGCGCUUUUCGGCGUUCUCGCACGCCAGCGCCCUCCGGCUCCCGCCCGGCCCUCUCCCGGUCAGCCCGGCGGCGGGCCCAUGGCGUGGCGGCGGCGGCGGCCCGAGGCCCGCGGCGGGGCCCGCGGCGCGCUGGCGCUGCUAGCGCUGGCCCUGUGCGCGCCCGGGGCCCGGGGCCGGGCGCUCGAGUGGUACUCGGCCGUGGUGAGCACCGAGUACGUGGACCCGCAGACCAACCGGAGCGUGCGGAGCGUCUCGGAGAGCGGCCGCUUCGGCGAGAGCUCGCCCAAGGAGGGCGCGCGGGGCCUGGUGGGCGUCCCGCGCGCCGAGGACCGCGAUCCCGAGGGCUGCGCGCCCCGCACGCGCUUCCUCGUGCCCGGCGGCCGGGGGGCCGCGCCCUGGGUCGCGCUGGUGGCGCGCGGGGGCUGCACCUUCAAGGACAAGGUGUUGGCGGCGGCGCGGCGGAACGCCUCGGCCGUGGUCCUGUACAACGAGGAGCGCCACGGGAACCUCACCGCGCCCAUGUCCCACGCGGGAACAGGAAAUAUAGUAGUCAUUAUGGUUAGCUACCCAAAAGGAAGAGAAAUUGUGGAUCUGGUGCAGAAAGACAUUCCGGUCACAAUGACCAUAGGGCUCGGCACCCGGCACGUACAGGAGUUCAUCAGCGGUCAGUCCGUGGUGUUUGUGGCCAUCGCCUUCAUCACCAUGAUGAUUAUCUCAUUAGCCUGGCUAAUAUUUUACUAUAUACAGCGCUUCCUAUACACUGGCUCACAGUUUGGAAGUCAGAGCCAUAGAAAAGAAACAAAGAAACUUAUUGGGCAGCUUCCUCUUCAUACUGUAAAGCAUGGAGAAAAGGGAAUUGAUGUUGAUGCUGAAAGUUGUGCAGUGUGUAUUGAAAAUUUUAAAGGAAAGGAUGUCAUCAGAAUCCUGCCAUGCAAGCAUAUUUUUCAUAGAAUAUGCAUUGACCCAUGGCUUUUGGAUCACCGAACGUGUCCAAUGUGUAAACUUGAUGUCAUCAAAGCCCUGGGAUAUUGGGGAGAGCUUGAGGACGCGCAGGAGACGCCCGCCCCAGAAGCUCCCCCUGGGGGCGUUUCGACUGCAGAUCUGAGUCUUACUUUACCAGAUGGUGACAGAAGUGACUCGGGCAGCUCAGCACUGCCCACCACCAGCGACUCCACGCCGCCUUGCGAGGCCAGUUUUAAAGAGGAUGCAGGUGAAAACACGGCCUUGCUGGAGACAAGCAGGAGUGACCCUCAGCGUGAAGGACCUGUCUCCUAGCGUAUAACCUGCCGGCAGUGUCACAGACAGAGCCUGGGCUUGAAUUAAAGGACAUUUUAUUUUUUUUACUUUAGCACAUAGUUUGUAUAUGUGAAAAUAAUGUACAUUCUUUUACCUUUCAGGUUCUGAUUUGAUGUACAAAGGGCUAAGAUACUUUAUUCUUAAAGAGAAUUUUUGAUUAGUCUUCAUAUAUUUAUCUACUAAAAUGUAUCAUAAGAUUCUUUCUUCUUAAGGAUGUUUCUAGACUAAGCACAUUGAAUUCAGACUAGUUGAAAUGGAGUUGUGUGAUUAUAUUCAGUAACUGAUCACAUGAGUUUCCCUGGAGGAAAGACUUUUUUAGAACAUUAAACUUGUAAAUGUGAUGAGAGAAAUCGAUCGCUUCCUUGCACCUCUGUACUAUAGAGAGAUUUCCAAACCUUAGAGCACUUUCAUUGUUGUUUUUUAUUUGGAGUUAUGGGAAAGGCACUGGUUGACUUUAGGAUUUGCAUUUCUCCCUUUCAUUACCUAAUUUCUUCUAACAACCUUGAUGGGGAGGGAAGUUUUGUCCAUUUUUUUCUAUACAAAUAAAAAAAGCUACGAUUCUGUAUUGCGCACAAGCAUGAAGUUCUUCAUUGCUUGUUAAAGAAAUGGAGUAGACAGACUCUGAUGGACUCUGAUACGGCGUUUUUGGGGGUAAAUGAUGAAUAUACUGAUUCCAACUGCAGUUUAAUCUUUACAAUUAUAAAGGGCGGUAGAUGGGGACUUUUCAUUGCUGUUGUAACAAAAUAAACAAGUAACC